AGCAUAACCUCCGAAGAUCGAAGCUCCUUUUUUUUUUAUUCCAGUGGGGUUAUCAAGACUGUUUGAUUGUUGGACAGCAGCCCGAACCCUGGAGUGAGGAUGUCUUCCAAAGUCUGCGCUGACAGCUCGCAGCUCACGGGAGUCGGGCUUUCUCAGCCCACCGUGCGCAUCUUUGACGCGCUCGGAUCUUUGCGCGUGGGGCCCAGGCGGUGGGCUCCAUCCCUCGCGCUCACCCCGGGGGAUCAUUUUGCGGCUUUUGUUGCACGAUUUCCACUCGGAGAACAAGCCCGCUGCGAAAGGGAGCAGAUACCGGCUGAAAAAUGCCGCGCCGCUGAUGGAAAGGGCUCAUUUAGGAGGAGCCUCCACAGUAAAUUGAGGCUCGGCACCGGCUCGUCCUCCAGCCUGACCGACCUCUCCCAGGCCAAAGCCUCCGGCGGAGGGGAGAAAGGAGGCCCAGCUGGGGGUCUGGCGGAGGAGAGCAGCAGGGACAAAGGGACACAGCAGAGGAGAGCCGGUGCCAACGCCACCUGGAACAGCAUCCAUAAUGCCGUCAUCUCAGUUUUCCAAAGGAAGGAAUUAGGAGAAAAUGAACUCUACACUCUGAACGAAGGUGUAAGGCAGCUCCUGAAGACCGAGCUGGGCUCCUUCUUUACCGAGUACCUCCAGAAUCAGCUGCUCACCAAAGGCAUGGUCAUACUGAGGGACAAGAUUCGCUUUUAUGAAGGUCAGAGGUUGUUGGACUCUCUGGCAGACACCUGGGACUUCUUCUUCUGCGAUGUUCUGACCAUGCUGCUGGCCAUCUUCUAUCCUGUACAGGGAAAGGAGCCUUCAGUGCGUCAGUUGGCUCUCCUCCAUUUUAGAAACAUCAUCACCCUUAACCUUAAACUGGAUGAGGCGCUGUCUCGACCCCGAGCCAGAGUUCCUCCCUCUAUCAUACAAAUGCUGCUAAUACUACAGGGUGUGCACGAGUCUAAAGGUGUAACAGAUGAUUACCUCCGUCUGGAGUCUCUCAUCCAGAAAGUGGUCUGUCCCUACCUCGGGACUCACGGUUUGUACUCCAGAGACGGAUCCUCCAGCCUGCACUGCUCCUCCUGCCUUUUAGAAAAGCGGCUGCAGCGCUCCUCCUCUAAACCAGGCAACUCUCCCAAUGUCAAGAACCCGGUGGUCCGUUCCAAGAGCUACAACGUGCCCAUGCUGACCCCGGUGGUGGAGUACGACGCCGACUCCUCCACCGGAGGCGGCUCUCACAUCCGCCGCCACUCCGUGUGUGAGAUGCCGUCAUGCGUGGAAGAGAGCAGCCCCAUGGCCAAAUCCGUGUCCCGGCCCAGCAACGCCAGCCACUCCCCGUCUUCCACCACGUCGGCCGCCCUGUCAGGAAGUGGCAUCUCCAGCCCGGACCCCGGGCCCAGCGAGGCUGACAGUCCUGCAGCACCCCCCCACCCCCUCCAGUCCCGCCACCACUCCCUGUGCAUCCUCCCCGGGUCCUUCCCGGGCCAGGAGGCUCACUGCGCCUGCUCCCCGGAGUCCGGCUCCCCGUCCUCCGCUAAGGCGCUGGCCCAGGACCUGAGCUCCGGGCCCAGCCCGGCGUCCAGCCCAGAGGUCACAGCAGACAGCGUCCCCGAGUCUCUGGACUCGGAGCAGGAGCCCGACGGCAUCUUUCUCACCUUCACACAUCACUGCUCCGGAGACUCGACCCACAGCAGAGACAGCAGCGGGCAGAGCCAGGCCUGACACCAGCGUCCACUCACCGUCCGGAUUUAAGGUGGACACACUGCCCAGCCGCCACCCACAUCCCUCACAUCCCACACCUCACUCACCCCCUCCUAAGAGACAAUCGAUCAUCAGGGACACUUUCAAACUGGAUUUUGAAAACUGCUUUUUUUCUAUAUAUUCAUUGUCUCCUAAAGAAAAAGCUCUUACUAUAACUGACCUUUUUUCUCAAAUGGGAUUUUACCUUCUUAUCU